AUUAAUGUGUACAUGAUAUUGAUUUUGACGUGCCACUUACACAUUUUGGAGAUUUGUUCCUCAAAUUCAUUACACUGCCAAUUUCUGAGAUUUCUCCUCAAAUAUCAUUAAAUCACGUUGCAUAUUGUCAGUAUGAAGACGACUCUGAUGAGAAUGAUCAAGAUUUAGAAUUUGACAGUGGGGAAAGAGAGACUCGACAAAAUUCUGCAUUACCAAUUGGAUCAAAAUGUUUUCGAAACGGGUCCAAUGGAUUUUGCAAGAAUGGAUUUUGCUGUUACAAACCAGGAGGUGCUAGUGGAAUCUGUAUUACGUUUUCCCUUUUCGCCACCGACAAGUGGUGUUACAAAGUCAUGUAAAUUUUAAUAACAGCAAAACACCGGAAGUGUAUUAAUUUUACGUAAUAAACAUGACGAAAAGUAUACUUUAAGUCGUCAUUCAAAUGUUAAUGAACUUUUUACUCAAAUAGUUGUCUAUUGUUCAUAUUCAUGAUCACAUUAGUCUGGCAUUCUGUUCACGUUUGAGCUUCUGAUUAUUUCUAUGUAUGUAACCUAAUCUAAACGGGUCGGUUUCCUUUAAAGAUUAUUUUGUGCAUACAAUUAUUAUCUUCAUUGCCUAAAAUAAAUCAUUUGUUCGAGAUAAAGCACGACAUGGAGGUUGAUGAUUAAUUGCAUAUUUUACUCAUUCCUCGUUUUAUCUGGAAACCGUCAUUUCGGGCAGAAAUCGGGCAUUUGAGGUGAAAGUUUCAAAUAAAAAUAACAAACAUGACGAGCUCCGCAGAAUCUAUAAAAUUGACAUGGUUAGAAAAUCCGAGUAUUCCAAUAAGACCGAGUUAUCCCGUAAUACAAGAAACUGCACAUUUCUCUGGUGCAAAUCAAGUGACAACAACUACAAAUUCACACAAUUCACAAAAGUAUGGUGACCUGUUUGAGAAAUUGGUGUCCCUCAUAAAAGCUGGAACAAGGAAAGCAACUGCAUCGAUACAAAAACAUUUAGGAGAAGAUGAGGACGGAAUAUUGAUCACUUACCAAGAAUCUAAAGAUGGACAAACUCUUUUACAUAAAACGGCGAUCGAAGCAAAUCCUGACAUUUUGGGAGUCCUGCUUGAUGCGGGAGUUGAUCCGGACAAACUAGAUUUUAGAGGACGAUCUCCAUUACAUUUAAUUGUGGAAUCUGGAUGCCGCUGCAAAAUCUGUUCAGACCAAAGAGUUGAAUGCAUCAAAGCGUUAAUAAAUUCGGGAGCGUCCCCUGACCCCGUCGACAAACAUGGGAACACGCCACUGUUUUAUUGUGCCCUUAAAUUGUAUUCUGAUUGUGCUAAGACAUUGCUGAACAAUGGAGCGAGUUUAUACCACGGUAAGGGUGAAAAAAGCAUAACCACCAUGUUAGCAGAAUAUCUUCCCGACGUUCUUCGUAACGAGCUGGACAAAUGUAUCGGCUAUAAUCCUGAAGAUUCCUCCCAACUUCAAAUUGACUUUAAGGUCCUUCUACAAAUUGAAGGUGAUCUCAACCAAUCUAAUAAACGAACUUCUGGUGAGGAUGAAAUACCACCAAGAGAAACGGAACUUUUACAAUCCGUCCUAAAAGCCAAAGAUGGUUACGAUGCCAUACUUACGCAUCCCGUUGUUGAAGCAUUUUUACAUUUUAAAUGGCUCGUCGUGCGAAAAUUGUUUUUCCUUUUACGAAGCGUUUACUUCGUCCUCCUCCUGCUUUACACCAUUCUCAUGUUUCGCAUCUAUUCAAAUACUUGUAUUGACGACUACUUUUUUGGUGGAGUUGGAGAUUUUUGCCCCAUCACGGAUUUAGAAACUAUCGGAGCCUUGAUCUUAUUCGGUGCUGUGGGGUUCAUCAUAAUAUCAGAAUUUUAUAAAGUGUAUGCCGAUUUUUCGGGAUACUUUUCCAACGGGAGUACUGGUUACCUUUGGUGGAUUUUAUGCAUUGGGUGGGCAGGGACGCUUAUACCGGCAGUUGGACCUCCACCUUUGUACUACCAUUAUCCAGUCGCAGCUGUGAGCCUCAUUUUCUCCUGGUUAAUGACGCUUAGCCAGCUCGGAAGGAUACCUUGGUUUGCGACACACGUGGGAUUACUGGUGAAAGUAGUGCAAGAUUUUAUUCGUCUCUUAUUUACGUUUCUUAUAGUUCUGAUCGCGUUUACUGUUGGAUUCUGCAUUCUACUUCCCGAUAACUCUAGUUUCAAUAACGGCUCAUUCGCCCUUUUCAAAGCAUUCAUGAUGAUGAAAGGCGAUAUUGACUACGAAGGAAUACUGGAUAAGAAAACGAAUAAUUUUCUUUCAUUCCCAGAAUAUUCUAUUCCAGCUCACUUGAUUUACACAACAUUUGUAAUCGUGGUCACAAUGGUGCUGACUGGAUUACUUAUUGGAUUAGCUGUCAAAGAUAUUGAGGAAGCACUUCGCAAAGCUAAAGUAAAUCAUUCCAUCCGCCUCAUAAAAGAAAUUGGGAUAUUCGAAUCCAUAAUCAGAAGCAAAGUUUUAACUUGUUGGACAAGCAAAUGGUUGUGCAAAUGGUAUUCUAUCGAGAGGACGAAGGCGAUUAAAGCAUAUCAACUGACUUUCUCCCCAAUACAUCCGGAUGAUACAACUUUGCCAGAAAGCAUAAAAACUAGUUUCCUGCCAUAUUACGACAAUGGAGUAUGCCAACACCAAAAUCAUCGGCGACGUUUGAAAAUGUAGUCAUUUAAGUGGUUUAUUAUGUAUGUUAAUCUCGGAAUAAUUUCAUUGAUACAAAAAAUUAGGCAGGUAAUUCAGGCACCAAUGUUUCUGCAUUUGAUAUGUUAAUUAAAGCUUACGUAAAUCAGAUUAUAAAUCUCCUAAA